AUGGACGAAGCGGAGGACGGCGACGAGGACCGCGGACGUGAGCGACGUCCGGAGCUCGACCCCGGAGGCUUAUCUGACCCUUCCAGGAGCAGGUGUUUAACACCCGGAUGGGGAGCAGCACCGAGCCUGACCUCUAACAGCAGCAGCAGCAGCAGCAGCGCCGGCGGACCAAACGAGCUCCGUGCGGCGCGCGAUACGGACCGCGCUCCUGUCUCUCUGUGCCAGGGCGACGCGUGCGGCUUUGGCUUUGGAUUCAGUUUCACGAGCAACGACGACGACACGAGGACCUCUGCCACUAGUGUUGAUGUGGAGCAAGAAGACGGAGGCGAAGAGGAGGAGGAGGAGGAGGUGGAAAAGGAGGAGGAGGAGGACGUCGGCAUGAGACGCGCCGUGAACGGAGACUGCAGGAGAGACACGAGCUCGCCUUCACUCCUCUCCAAACACGAGAAGCAGACAGGUGGCUCGGUCACACCUGAGGAGAGAAGACCGGGUAGCGCGUGCCCUUCCGCCACCAUGGACGGUUCAAUUACGCCCGCCGGCACCGGAGCCUCUGAAACGGAGAAGAAGGACUCUCGGGUGGCGUUUUCGAGCUUGGACCCCGCGCAGCCCGCCGCACUCUCCAAGACUGAGGACGGACAGAUGACAGCGGAGGACGGAGAGGCCAGAGACAGUCAGACCUACAUGCAACGGCAGUUCAGCUCCAUGCUGCAGCCAGGUGUGAACAAAUUCUCCCUGCGCAUGUUCGGCAGCCAGAAGGCGGUGGAGAAAGAGCAGGAGCGGGUCAAAUCUGCCGGGAACUGGAUCAUCCAUCCGUACAGUGACUUCAGGUUUUACUGGGACUUCACAAUGCUGAUGUUUAUGGUGGGAAACCUAAUCAUCAUUCCAGUUGGCAUCACCUUCUUCAAAGAUGAGACCACCACCCCUUGGAUUAUCUUCAACGUUGUCUCAGAUACUUUCUUCCUUAUGGACCUGGUGCUCAACUUCCGCACGGGAAUCGUCUUUGAGGACAACACAGAGAUCAUUCUGGACCCUAAAAAGAUCAAGCAAAAGUACUUGCGGACUUGGUUUGUAGUGGACUUCAUCUCAUCUAUCCCUGUGGAUUAUAUUUUUCUUAUUGUGGAGAAAGGCAUCGACUCAGAGGUUUACAAGACAGCAAGGGCACUGCGGAUCGUGCGCUUCACCAAAAUCCUUAGUCUGUUGCGGCUUCUGAGACUUUCCAGACUUAUCCGCUACAUCCACCAAUGGGAGGAGAUCUUUCACAUGACCUAUGACCUGGCGAGUGCUGUCAUGAGGAUCAUUAACCUGAUCGGGAUGAUGCUGCUGCUGUGUCACUGGGAUGGCUGCCUGCAGUUUCUGGUGCCCAUGCUGCAAGAUUUUCCUUCUGAUUGCUGGGUUUCCCUCAACAAGAUGGUGAACGACUCAUGGAGUGAGCUGUACUCCUUCGCCCUGUUCAAGGCCAUGAGCCAUAUGCUGUGUAUCGGCUACGGACGCCAGGCCCCGGAGAGCAUGUCUGAUAUCUGGCUCACCAUGCUGAGCAUGAUUGUGGGAGCCACCUGUUACGCCAUGUUUAUCGGCCAUGCCACCGCGCUCAUCCAGUCGCUGGACUCAUCACGCCGUCAGUACCAGGAAAAGUACAAACAAGUGGAGCAGUACAUGUCCUUCCACAAACUUCCUGCUGAUUUCCGGCAGAAGAUCCACGAUUAUUAUGAACACAGAUACCAAGGCAAGAUGUUCGACGAGGAGAGUAUUUUAGAGGAGCUAAACGAGCCACUGAGAGAGGAAAUUGUCAACUUCAACUGCCGCAAGCUGGUGGCCUCCAUGCCGCUUUUUGCAAACGCUGAUCCCAACUUUGUGACGGCCAUGCUGACCAAACUCCGAUUUGAGGUCUUCCAGCCGGGGGACUACAUCAUUCGUGAGGGGACCAUCGGCAAGAAGAUGUAUUUCAUCCAGCAUGGGGUUGUUAGCAUCCUGACCAAAGGCAGCAUUGGCAUGAAGAUCUCUGAUGGAUCCUACUUUGGAGAGAUUUGCCUGCUGACUCGGGGUAGACGCACAGCCAGCGUUCGAGCCGACACCUAUUGCCGUCUGUACUCACUCUCUGUGGACAACUUUAAUGAAGUUCUGGAGGAAUAUCCAAUGAUGAGGAGAGCCUUCGAGACCGUGGCCAUUGACAGACUAGAUCGGAUAGGCAAAAAGAAUUCUAUCCUGAUGCACAAAGUCCAACAUGACCUAAACUCUGGAGUUUUCAACAACCGCGAGAAUGAGCUAAUUCAGGAGAUUGUUAAGUAUGACCGGGAAAUGGUGAAACUAGUGGACCUGCAAAGACCCAGGGCUAUGUCAGCUACUCAGUCCACCCAUGGGACCAUGUUUCCUUCCACCAAUCAGCCUCCAACAGGCUCAGCCAUUGCCACCCUGCAGCAGGCUGUAGCCAUGAGUUUCUGUCCCCAGAUAGCCAACCCUCUGGCAGCCCGUGGAGCACUCCAGUCCCCCCGAAUGGUGCGUCGUUUCCAGGUUGUCCAAAGUCUGUCCAGCCCUGGGACUCAGCAGACCCCUCCAGGCUCACAGUUCUCCAGCACCAUUCUGCCCUCUGCCCUCACCAGCACACCUGUCCAGAGCCCAUUGGCGACUGGCAGUCGAACAUUCCAAUACAGUUCCAGUCCUAUGGGUGCUCCUUCAGGGUCCCAGCUCUCCCUGGUGCAGCAGCACACCUCCAGCCCCACGCACCGAGCAACAGUUCCCAGGAGUGCAAUGACCCAGGAUGCCAGGGCCCUCUCAGCUUCACAACCAUCUUUGCCCCAUGAUGCCAUGCAACCAGUUGUUCCAAGCCCACCCCAGUCCACAAGAGUUUCCUCCACUUCCAUUGGACCACCUCACAACCUCCCAGGGCCUACAGCCUUCAGGGCUGCCAUUCCUCCCAGGAUGACACUUCAGCACCAGAUGUCUGUGGGAGCCUUCCCACCUGCCUCCCUACCGCAAAUGAGGCCAAGCCAGGACUCAGGACUGCCCAAGAAAGAUUCAGUAGUCAGCCUUCCAGACACAGACCAUCACAUUAGAUCUAGAUUACCUUCCAAUUUGUGACCUUGACAGAGCUGGGUGUGUAGGUAUCUCUUCCUUCUGCAAGUACUAGUGCAUCUCAAAAAAUUAGAAUACCAUGAAAAAGUUCCUUUUUUUUCAUAAUUUAAUUCAAAAAGGUAAACUUUCAUAUAUU